AUGUAUCGCGUGUGGCUCUGCAUCCUCCUCGCCGCCUGUCUUCGCGCGCUCCUCUGCCACGCCGACGAAAAGUCCUUCCUCAAGAACGCAAAGUUCAACGACGGCGAAUAUGGCAACUACCCCAAGCACAAGUUCCGCACGAGCAUCAUCGAGCCCCCGCGCCUCAACUUCAUGGAGCCUUUUACCAACUGCGAUGACGGCUCUUACAUCUUCGUCGCCCCGCGCGGCGCUGCUGCUUGGUCCAGCUUCUACAUUCUCGAUCACGAAGGUGGCUUGAUCUGGGGUCCCGAUCAUCGAUAUGGCGAGGUCUACAACUUCCAAAUGCAGCUCUACAAAGGCCAGCCAUAUCUCUUCUUUUGGGCCGGUGACGACUCCGUCGGUGGCCACGGCGAGGGAAAGUACUUUAUGCUCGAUCAGCACUACGAAGAGCACAGGAAGAUCAGCGCCGGGCAAGGCAUCCGCGGCGACCUCCAUACCUUUUUCAUCACCAAAGAGGACACGGCCGUCUUCACUGGCUAUCAAGUCAUGCAGGCCGACUUGACUGGCGUGGGCGGAGCACGGGAUUCAUGGAUCUGGGAGUCGAUAUUUCAGGAGCUGGACGUGGAAACAGGCGAGGUCCUGUUCCAGUGGCGCUCCUCCGAUCACUUUGCCUUCGAGGACUCCUACGGCGAUCCCAACGCUGCCACUCACGGCAACCCGUGGGACUACUUCCACAUUAACAUGGUGGACAAGGACAAGGCGGGCAACUACUUCGUCUCCACGAGGUACGGGCGAUGUGUGCUGUACAUUUCGAAAGACGAUGGAAGCAUUCUCUGGCAGUUGGGCGGCAAGGGCAACAGUUUCAAGGAUCUGUCCAACGGCGACGCCACCACCUUCUUGGGACAGCACGAUGCACAUUGGGUAGAGGAGCGCAGCGAGAUCACCAUGUUUGACAAUCGCGCCGAUUGGACGAACAAGCUGGAAGAUGAGUCAGUCGGCCAUCGCAUUCGUCUUGACCUCGGCGAAAUGACGGCCGAACUCGUUCAAUCCUAUCGACAUCCCUCGCACCUUCUGAGCACCUCACAGGGCAGCAUGCAGCAGCUCCCCAACGGCAAUGUCCUCCUGGGCUACGGCUUCAAUGGCGCCUUCUCCGAGUUCUCCCCCGACGGCAAGUUGCUGUGCGAUGCGACCAUGAUGCCGACCAAGCGAUUUGGCUCUGGCGAUGUGCAGAGCUAUCGCGACUUGAAGUUCAACUGGACCGGUAUUCCCCUCACCGUCCCCUCCCUUCACUUCGAGGAGGACAAGUUGUACAUCUCCUGGCUCGGCUCCACCAAGGUCCGGGGCUGGAUGGUCCAGGAUUCGGACGCGGCAGACGGCCUCUUUGAAUCCGUCCAGACGAUCAAGAAGAACGGCUUCGAGACCGAAUUUGCCCUCGAAGACGGCCCGCGCAUGCGGAAAUACGUGCGCGUCGUCGCCGUCGACCACGGCGGAACACAGCUCUCCAUCUCCAAUCCCGUGGAUAUUGUUGAUCCGGUGGAGAUCUGGGGGGUGCCUCAGCCGGGCGAGCCGCUGCACCACAUCAUGGGUUCGGCGGACCGGACGCAGCACGGCAAUGCUGGCAGCAAUACUGGUAUAUCUGGCGACGAAGACGAUGACUCUGACAACGCCACUACCGACGCCCAACUCAUGCUCGUUCUCGGCGGCCUCACAGCCGUCUGCGCCGCAGUCGUGCUCUGGAUGAUAUACGGCCGCAGGCGCGGCGGCUUGCCUCAUCCCCACAGCGAAAAGACCUACGCGCCCAGCCGCUUCCGGGACACUGUCUCCAACGGCCGAUUAUGGCGGCUAUGGCAUCGUAUUCGGAUACGAAUGCCUGGUAGCCAAAGCUGGCAUUAUGGCAAGUUGCCAACGGUGACGCGCGACGAAGAGGGGGCCAAUGGGCAUUUGGCAUAUGCCUCUUCUUCCAGCGAUCGGUCGGGCUUUGAGGACUGA